AACAACUAUAAAAUGGAACUCUGAAGAACUCUUCUCGUCAAAUAAACCCAAGCUCCAAAUAACUACUUCCUCUCCGCUUUGAUUAAAGCUUGUUUUGCAAGAAUAUGGAAGUGGAUCAUGAAGGUUGCAAGACACCGAGGCGCCGUGAGAGUCGAAUACCGGCAGCGUUGGCGUGUCCUCCGGCGCCGAGGAAGAAACCGGUUUUUUCUAAGGAAAGGAGCCCGCCGAAGGACGGGUAUUUUCAGCCGCCUGAUCUUGAAGCUCUCUUCAUGAUUGCACCAAGAAGGGAGGCCUGUGCUUAAUUAAUUAGCUGGGUCCUGAUGGUUAAGGUUGGCCUAUAAUUUUGUUCUGGUAUAUUAUAUAAGAUUUAUAAAUUUUAUUGUUCUUUUUAGGCCAUGCAAUGCAUUUUUGUUUCUCGAAGUAGAGUUCUUCAAAAAUGGUAGCUACUGUUGUAGAUAUGGUUUUAAUGGAGACUGUAAUUUUCCAGUACUAAUGUCUUAAUUAUAUUUUCUUUUGUUGUUUCUA